CAAUACCAGACUACCAGUCUUGCCACGUCUCCCAACAAACCCACCUCGUUUUAAACCUCUCGGAGAAGAUAAGGGAUGAACGGAAACCUCCAUCGUUUGUGUAAUCAAAUCGACGUCCUCACUAUGCCUGCUGGAGAACUUCGGCACCCUUCGAUACUGCCGGCCACUGAGUCUGGAGAAGACGAGGCCUGGCUUUGGACUCAGAUCAAAGCCGAAGCGCGUCGAGACGCUGAGUCGGAACCCGCACUCGCGAGUUACCUCUACUCAACGAUUCUCUCUCACUCGUCCCUCGAACGCUCUCUCUCGUUUCACCUCGGCAACAAGCUCUGCUCCUCGACUCUGCUCUCUACUCUUCUCUACGAUCUAUUCCUGGAUACCUUCUCCAAAGAUGCGGAGCUGCGAUCCGCCACCGUCGCCGAUCUACGCGCCAAUCAUAUGCGUGACCCGGCCUGCGUGUCGUUCUCGCAUUGUCUCCUGAAUUACAAGGGUUUUCUGGCUUGUCAGGCUCACAGAGUGGCUCACAGGCUCUGGACUCAGAUGAGGCGGCCGCUCGCGCUCGCGCUUCAGUCGCGGAUUGCUGACGUGUUCGCGGUGGAUAUCCACCCGGCGGCGAGGAUUGGGAAGGGGAUUCUGUUUGAUCACGCCACCGGAGUGGUGGUCGGAGAGACGGCGGUGAUCGGUAACAAUGUAUCGAUUCUGCAUCACGUGACGCUCGGCGGCACUGGCAAGGCCGGCGGUGACCGCCAUCCAAAAAUCGGAGAUGGAGUUCUGAUUGGAGCGGGAGCAACGAUUUUGGGGAACAUAAAGAUCGGGGAGGGAGCGAAGAUAGGAGCGGGGUCGGUGGUGCUGAUCGAUGUGCCGGCGAGGACAACGGCGGUUGGGAAUCCGGCGAGGCUAGUGGGAGGGAAAGAGAAGCCUGCGAGGCAUGAGGACGUGCCUGGUGAAUCGAUGGAUCAUACAUCGUUCAUUUCUGAGUGGUCAGAUUAUAUCAUCUAAUUGAUUUUCAUCCAAGUUUUACUACUACCACUUCUUUUCAUAUGAUCUCAAACUGUUGUCUGGGUUUGGGAAUUCGGGUAUUGAAAAUACACUACUCUCAUAUAUAAAAGUCUUCCUCUUCCUCUUCUUCUUCUUAUGUUGUUACUAUGAACAUAUUUAUUGUACUUGUGUUAAUACUUACAGCAAUAUUCUAUCAA